UAUCGAAAAUGAAAAGCUCUCGAAUUCCGGCGCAAUGGAGCGAACUUCCCCAAGAUCUGACGGCGAAUAUAUUGCAAAGGCUGCAGCCGGAAGAGAUACUGAUGAGUGCGCAGUUUGUGUGCACUAGCUGGUGGAGAACCUCCAAGGAUCCCUCCAUGUGGCGCGUCAUUCAUUUGGAUAUUCGACGCCGCCAUUUCUGGAACAUCUGCCGCUGCGGAUUUGAUCGUCUUUGCCGUUGCUAUAACUGUUGCUGCCCCGUCCACGCACGUGACAAUAUUUCACGCUGCAGAGUCAACCUAUAUGACACAAUUUGCUCCUGCGCAGUCAUCCAAUUUGAGAACAUGUCCCGUUGUGCAGUGGACCGUAGUCAGGGACAAUUGCUCCAUCUAACGCUCGCCGGUUCUCACCUCGAUGCCUUGCUAAACUAUGUAGCCCACCGAUCAAGUCAACUUCGAUGCCUUAAGCUUGUAGAGUAUCUAAGUACUUAUGGAGGAGGAAGUACUCCUUUGACUUUGCAUAUAACAAAAUUGCAACAAUUGGAAGAGUUGCACCUUUUCAUGAAGCCAUGGGUCGAUCCCCAAGAUUUUGAAACCAUUGGCAUUGCUUGCCCACUGUUGAAAUCAUUUACCUAUCACAACUGUGAAACCAAGGGUCCGGAUUUUACAGAGUAUGCUGCCGCAAUUGGGAAAACCAUGCCUAAUCUGCACCAUCUCCGGCUUUGUCAAUAUAUGACUGGAAAUAAGGUACUAGAACCCAUUCUCGAUGGCUGCCCCAACCUCAAAUCACUUGAUCUUCGGCGAUGUUCUGGUUUUGACCUUAGAGAUUCGGGAAAAAGAUGUUGGGAAAAUGAUCUGUGGCUCUAUUCCGACUCUAUCAGUUUCGUGGAUUGGGUUAAGAAAUGGCAGGAUAACUAUGAUUCUGAUGCUCCAUAUCCUCCUGGUGUUACGGAUGCUGGUGCUUUUUGUGAUGUUUUUUAUUGGAAUUACUUUUAUUGUGCUUUUUAUAAAAAAUUUGUUGCUAUAUAUUGAAAUUUACAUGCUAUGAAUCAAUGAUUAUUGCUAUUA